UCCAAUGUCACUGUUGGGGGUAGCUCAGUUGAACGUUCUUUUGAAAAGUAAAUUAAUAUUAAACCGUGUACCGCUCAGAAUUUUAAAAAUGCCGUUUUAUGCAGUGGCCAGAGGUCGAACAACAGGUAUAUUUAUGACUUGGCCUGAUUGUGAAGCUCAAGUGAAAGGGUUUCCCGGUGCCAGGUACAAGAAAUUCGAUUCAGUUGUGAGCGCUCAAGAUUUUAUUACUACAGAAGGUGGAUCUAGCAAUAGCAGUAAAUCUAAAACGCUUAGCAACCAGUCAAAAUCAUUUUCAACUUCUUCAAAUAACCUUAAAAAGCCAACAUCUAGUAAUAGCACAGUCCAAAGUAAACAUGUGGCAAAAGAACUCAAAAGGAAAUCAGAAGUUAGUGAAGGCUACGCGAGAGAAAAUGAUAGUGAUUACUCAGAUGAUUCCGACGAUUUGAACACAAUAAUAACGAAACAGAUGGAUGAUAUAGAGAAAAGACUGAAAACAUUUGAGAAGGGUGUAGAUAAAAUAUAUAAGAAAGGGACUAAGAAAACUAUCCUUAUAGAGCCUCCUCAAAAUAAAAGACGUAAGACUAGUGGUGGUGAGGAGUUUGAUAUUGACAGUGAAGGUUAUGUGCAGGUGUAUACAGAUGGGGCGUGUUCUGCUAAUGGCAGGAGUGGGGCCCGGGCUGGCCUCGGGGUGUACUGGGGCGAUGGCCACCCUCUCAACGUGAGCGAGCCAGUAUCUGGUCGCGCCACCAACAACUGUGGAGAAAUCCAAGCAUCUACUAAAGCUAUCAAAAUUGCUCUCCAGAAUGGAAUACAGAAAUUAGCAAUAAACACAGACUCCAAGUUUGUCAUCAAUUCUGUUACUAAAUGGAUGCCUGGUUGGAAGCGUAAAGGCUGGAAGCUGGCAUCAGGAGAACCAGUAAAGAAUGAGAAAGACUUCAAAGACUUGGACAGUGUGAAACACAAGCUGCAAAUCAAAUGGAACUAUGUGGAGGCACAUCGGGGAAUACAUGGCAAUGAAAUGGCUGACGAACUGGCUAAAGCUGGUGCUGCCAUGUAUAAUAAAUGAAUAGAAUUAACUGAAAAUAACAAUAUACUUAUGUAAAUAUACUGAGAAGAGCUCUACCAGUUUCGAGUCACAAAGGGAUGCUGACAGUAAAUUGUGCAACGUCACCUGUACUGUACUGACGCAGGAAGACUGACUGCCGUACUCAGAAAAAUUUAAUGAUCACUUAAAACUAUUCCUUAGUAACGAUUUUUUUCAAAAAUAAUUGCUAAGGACUGGGUUAACUCGUCGAGUACCGGUUUUGUAGACACAAUUAUAGAACAAUAGGUAGCGGUCACCGGUGACCGCUUGGUGUCUGACAGUUUAAGUAGCCAUUAACCUGUGGUAUAGAUAGUGGAACAUAGAUAUACGCGAGACACAAUGUGUUUUCUAUUUUAUUUUACAUAUCGGCAGUCAAGAGGUUAAAUGAUUCUGAGUAUGACGGUAUGUGUACUCAUGUAUGACCUUGAAAUUAGUAGAGCUUUUCUCAGUACAUUUACAUGAGGAAACAGUUAUUUUUAAUUUUUAAUUAUUCCAAUAUAUCUCACAAUACUUAUUAUAAAAAUGUGAAUAGAAUUAUUUAGCUAGGAUUUGUUGCUGCUAAUGGCCAAUUUUAAUAAAUUGUGUGUAGGUUUGCUUACUAGAAAUAGAAAUUGGAGAUUAGUUUGGAGCUUUAUACAAAAUAUUUUGAAAAUAAAAGGUACCGAGAAAGCAAAUCUACAGAUAAGUAGGCCUAACAUGGAAAAAGGCUGUAAAUAACUGCUUAUUAAGUACUAUAAGGUUGUUGUAACUGUUCUAUUGUUGAUCAAUGUAUACUACUAGGGUCAACCUACUUCAUUUCUUCAUUACAUUUUCAAGCUUAUUGUUUUGUAAUAAAGUUGAAAAGAAAUUUAAAAGAUUGGAGUAUGAUGAUAUACUUGUGUCUACUUUAUAAUAUCAAAAAAUGCUUGUGGCACUAGUCAACACAAAUUUUAAACUUUUUUAUUGAGAAGGGCAGGGUACUAUGCAGGUAUUAUACCAGAUACUAAGGCUAUAGAAUGACUAGAUAUUAUAUAAUGACACACAAGUCAAUAUCUCUUUUCCAGUAUAGUUAAAAAGACAUGUAAAUAUACUCGACAGAUACAUCCAUCCCUUUUCAACUGCGCUUGAGCUGAGUUCUCAAAUUCGACUGAAAAUAAUAAACAAUCUUCUAUUUUUGAGAGAUAUUUAAUCUAAAUAAUGUCAAAAAUGAUUUUAUCAAUUUAAUUAAAUACAAUACUGGCAUAUAUCAGCUGCCUGCUCAAGUGCCUGAAUUAAAUCUUACUAUAUAAAAGAAAAUGAUGUUAGUCACAUUAUUAAUAUACCUCUAGCUCAAGAACGGCUAUAUCGAUUUGGCUAAAAAUUGAUGCGGAGGUAGAUUACCAAGACACGGAAAUAGGAUACUUUUAACCAAGGAAUUCUCGAAAAUCCUAUGGAAACGAGAACAUAAGGGAGACCGCGUGCAUAGCCGCGGGCUAAAGCUAGUAAAUAAUAUUUUUUUCGAUUGAGCUCGGUUAUUAUUUUGGCCAAAUGUUAAAGAUAUUGUUUCGUCUGACAAAAAAUAAUGUAAUUUUGUUGACUAAUGUAAUUUUUUGACUUUAUUCCAUCCUGCUGAUUUGUAUUAUUUAUUGUUAAGUGGUAAUGUGACUGUGUAAUGAAAUAGCUGGAUAUCUCUUGUCAUACAGUUGUUAUUAAGUGUUUAUAAGAAAUAUUUGGCUGUGAACUUGUCCUUGAAGUGUAUUUGUAACUAUAACUGUACCUAUAAAGCAUUUAUUCAUA